UUUAAAACGUACUUUAUUUCGAUUUUUAGGCCAAUAAAGCAAAUUUAAUGUUUUCUGUAUUCAUAGCAAUAGUCAAACGUGCAGGUUAAACAUGGCUGCAUCUCGAAUUGCCCUUCGAUGUGUUAGGAAUUGAUUAAAACUGUUUAUACUAAAUACGCAUCGCUCCAGAGCAUCAGUUUCGGGACGUAUCGUCUGUGGUAGCAGCACACGACGCUAAAAACACGAUGAACGAACGAUUGUUGCUUUUUGGGGGUUUUGUGUUACUUAUUUGUAUUGGUUUAACUUCAUCACAAACUGUGGAAGAUGAAGAUUUAGACACAAUUCCUGAUUAUGACGUCAUUAUUGAAGACGCAGAAGAUGCCAGCAAAUUCGGUUCGUCAUCAGGUUCAUUUUUCAGCGACUCCUACGAUUAUUCAAAUGGGAAUCCAGUGCAUGAUCAAGCUGCAAUGAAACCCAUGGACACUGCUAUCAUAACAAUCUACAGCGUAAUUACUGUUGUUGGGCUGAUAGCGAAUGCAAUCGUGUUCUUUGUCAUUUUUGCUGGCAACGAAACCGGGAAAACUGUGACAGCUAUAUACGUGCUACAACUCACAAUAGCAGAUACCGUGUUUCUGUUUACUCUUCCUGUCUUCAGUAUGCAGAAGGUUCUCGAUAAUUGGAGAUUUGGAUCAGGUGUAUGUAAACUAUGCCAAACAAUCAAAUUUAUGAAUUAUUACGCUGGAAUUUUUUUCUUGAUGGCGAUGAGUGUGGACAGAUACAUUGCUGUUGCUUAUAGUACACGGUUAACACAGGUCCGAACAAAACGACGAACGUACAUUGUCUGUGGUUGUAUGUGGGUUGCAGCAGUACUGAUGAGCAUUCCAUUGAUGAUGUACGCAAGAACUGAAGAAGGUUUUGGAGUCACUUUUUGCAAAUUGAUAUUUCCGGGAUAUAUUGAACUAGAUCCUGGCGACGGAUACAUCGACAUAUACGAUUAUUACGACCAUGGUGGAUCAGGAUCUGGGGAAAUCAUGAACGAAAGAAACGUAAACAUAUCAGACUUUGAAAUUUCCGAUACCUAUAAGCUAAAUAAUUCAUUACCGGGGGUGGAAUCUAAACCGUUUAUUUGUGAACACGAGUCUCAAUCUGAUCACUAUAAAUCCUGGUUGAUUAUUGAUUUUAUAAUUGCUUUCAUGAUUCCUUUUCUGGUAAUCGUGGUCAGUUACGUGAAGAUUCUCACACACCUUAAAACUGCGGAAGACAAGAUAGGACAUACAGCAACAAACAAAGCUGUAAAAAUGAGAAAACGAGUCACACGUAUGGUGGCAGCAUUGGUUGUUUGUUUCACCGUGUGUUGGCUGCCACAUCAUCUUUUCAUGUUGGCAAGAAUAAAAGGAUUCCAUUCUACCGUUCCUGUUUGUCACGGAAUAGAGGAGUUUUUCGUUGCGUUGGCUUUCUCGAAUUCAGCAAUAAAUCCGAUUCUGUACACGUUCAUGGGAAACAAUUUCAAAGAAAGAUUUAAGAAAAGCGUGAAGAACACACAAUUGGCAAUUAAAAGAAGACAUUCUAGCAUGGGUUCAGGACAUAGACGGUCGACCAACAGUCAUUCCGACCCUACGAACACCAAAAGAGCAGGACUGAUUGUACAUUAUCGCAAAGGAUCCUGCAGCAGAGACCAAGCAAAGAACGGCAGACCAAAACCACAGAAAAAACUCAGUCAGCUUGCGCUAUUAGGCCGCAAAGAACGUCCACCCGCAUAUGAUGAUGUCGUGUAUGACUCUGGUGAUCAAGAUACAAGAAACGGAGGGUUUUGUGGAACAACAACAAUAGGAGAACAGACAAUGGAAACAAAAAUAUAAACUGUUUUAUUUCAAAAUUCUUGUCGGAAUGUUCUGCGUAUAUCCUUGGAUAAAUGAGGCGAACUGAACAAAAAUUUGUUGAGAUAUUCGCAAUGAUAUUUAUAAAACACUGAAUCAGAUGUACCAUCAUAAAUAACACUUUUAUUUAGAAGACACUUCGCUACAAAACCACAAUCAUAUGAAUACUUUUUUCCGCGUUGUAGGAAUGAUGUCAUCGGCAGCUCGCAUAAACCUUAACUCGGUCCCUUACUAUGCCUCACAUUCUCAAUGUUUUUCUGGCUCCGCAAAAGCACGUUCUUCAAUAGUAAUAUUACCACACUCAAUCACACAUAUGACGUUCUUCAAAAAAUAAUUUCAACUUUGGCUAAAUGGCCCCUAGUUCCACUUCUCGACAUUGAGCUCGUUUAAUUCGAACAACAAUAUGAUCAAUGAUUGAAUAAUCAAUGUAAAAUUAUAUUCAACUUUAUUUAAAAACUCCUAAUUUUUUAUUCGCUCUUGUUUUUUUUUUCUUGCUAUAUAAAUAUCAUCCUUUUAUCGUUUUCUGGUAUGUGCAAAGCUUUGAUAUACUCCUUGUGUACAAUAAAUGGUCCUCAAAAUAGGUCUCAUUUUAUUUAUUAAUACCCGGAUGUAUCCUGAGCAGUCAUGAACAGAAUAAAUAUGAAGUGUAGGCUACAGAUGGAUCGUUUUAAUUGCGCACGAAAUGAGCCAGUUUUGUCUUUUUGUAAUCCUAUGAAAAAGCACUUCUCUCAUUAACUACUGGACUAAUUGCUUUGGGAUUUUCAGUUGUUGAAGAUUGUAUUUUUCACGAGAAGGCUAUUACUUUUAUUUAUUUUAAACAUUUCUGUGCGUACGUCAUCACGAUAAAAAAUUGCGGACAUUGUGGCGAUUGUACGAAUGGAAGUAUGUAAUUCGAAUUGUACGAAUGAAGUAUGGUUUGAAUAUAUUGACAAGAAGGUCAAAACGAAAUCACUGCCGGUACCGUAGUGGUGGUCUACCUGACUACGCCUCACCACCAGACCAACAUACUCUACUCAACUGUAAUAAACUUAUGCGUGGCAAGUCUUCAGGAAAUAGUAAUAUAAAUUACUAAAUAUUGACCAAAAAUGAAUCAUUUUAGACGUAGCAGAGAGCUAAUUUGACAUUUCAAAGCUAAUUUGCAUAUUAACUCCCUACAAGAAAAUUUUUAUAUUUCGUUCAACUAUAUUAAAUUUAUGUGCGACAAUUCUCCAGAAAAUGGUACUUUUUGUUUGUGAAUUCCGGGAGCACGAAAUGUAACAUUGCUGGUAAAUUUGAAAUGGAAAUCACUAAUUCCACGAUCCGUUAUCAUCUUCUCUAUGUCCUCUAUAAUCUAUAUUGUACUUGUUUCGUGUACUUUUUCAUUCACCUAAUAGCAAUGCACAGUUUUAAAAAUAGUUAUUAUUGUCAAUUUCCAUCGGAAAUAUAAGUUGUUGCUCGUGGUUA